AUGAUACUGCUAAUGCUGUCGAUAGUUAACCCCGAACGAUUGGUUCGUCUUGCUUACAAGUACCCCAGUUUACGUCUGACAUGGUACAUUGUAGCAUGCGCUGCCCUAACAGUUGUGAACCAACCUGAAGAGAUCCCUAAAGUGUUUCACUUUGCCUUAAGACAACAGCUCUUGGAACAUCUGCCUCAACCUUCACUCUUGACAGAUUCUCAUUUGUUACAAUUGGCUUCUGAUUCCAUUAGUUCCCUGGAAAAGUUUGCAGAGCUUUCUCUGGUUGGUGUCAGAUUGCCUGAUGUUUUAAUUCCUUAUACUUACCAUGAUAAAUUCAACUACAAAUACACGGCCUCUGAAGACAUCAAAAGAUGUCAGGAAGAAGUUGCCCGUAAGAUUAGGGAAUGUAUAUUGAAAUCCAGUGCUCUUUCGGGCUUACCUAAAGCUAUCAAUGCGCUUAUGAUUUUGAAGAGUGUCACUCCAACUUCCAUUAGACCAAGCCAACACUCCGAAAGACCCUUGCUGGUGGUUCUGAGUGUAGUGGAGAAGUCUUCAGAUAUCGUACAAGAAGACGUUAAUGGAACUAAAUUGAAUAUGGACGAUGUGGAGACCAUUGAUGGGAUUAUCACCACAGAUUGUGUGAACGCUACUCAAAUUCAAAAGGACUUGAUACGGGGCUCAGAGUUCUGGAAUACUAUCUACACCAAUAAAAUAAAUACAAGAAUUAGAAAGCAAAUGAUCAAUGCAUACCCUGAUUUAUGGCAGUAUACUUUCCAUCAUGUUUAUGCUCCAUUACUUAGUUUCACUGACGUGUUGACUCCUCCUGAGACCCUGAUGUGUGUAGUGGCAUGCUUGAUUCCUCAAGAUGUUAAUCCUCAAUUGAAGGGCCAUUUGAAAGGUGCGAUCAACGUGGGGGUCACCAAACAAGAAUUGAAUGACUUGAGGUCGUUGGUAUUUGAUAUAUGUGAUUGGUCUGGAGGUACUUAUUGGCGUAAUGGGAAAGAGAGUGUUGCUAAGUUAUGA